AGACCAGGAGAGAGAGAGAGAGAUGAACGGAGGAGCAGUAAGAGAGCUGCUCGUGUGUCAUGCAGCAGAACAGCUGGAAAUGAACCGCUUCAACCAGCGGAUGAGACACACGAGAUCAGAGGCAGUCCGGUAGAACUCAAGUGUGCAGAAGGUGAAAGGAAACAGAUCUCAAGCUGAAAAAAGAUGCAGGUUUUGCACUCUCAACGCCUUAAUGAACCUCCGCUCAACCCAUGGGUGAUCCUCCGCUCCAGUGGCCAAGUAGAGCGUGCACACUGCACAUGCAUGGCUGGCAUAGCAGAGUCUUGCACAUAUGUUGAGGCUCUCCUUUUUAAAAUCAAAGUAUCAGUCCGGAUACGGGGGACCAAGACUGUCACUGAUGUUCCAGCCUACUGGAUGAUGCGCGCUAAUGUUGAUAAGGUCCAAUCAGAGGUGGGCAACAAGAUCGACUUCACCACUGGUGCAGCUAAGAGAGUGGCACUUGACAAGUGCAUCAGUGGAGAGAGGGGAAUAUCAGGGAUAUGUACUCAUUUAGGCUCCACGAGUCAUUGUGGACAUGCACUCUCACAGCAAGGCUAUUUGUCUUUCUGGGAUGGAGGAGUAUUACCAUCAUUAUAUCACCCAGUUAAGCCACAUGUAGUGCCAAGUUCCCUACGGCAUCUUUGUGACCCAGGAAAGGAUGGAUGCCAUCUACCCAUCCUGUUCCAGCAUUGCAACACCCUCACACACCUGCUAGCAGUAACAGAGAUACAGGCAGCUGCAGUUGAAGCUCAGACGAGACUGCAACAUCCCUCAUCUGUCUGGUACACAUCAAGAGCAGGAAGAAUAACAGCUUCAAAUAUGCAUGCCAUUGAGUCCGCUAGAGUUGAGAAACCAGCCACAUCAACGGUGUCAACAGUGUGCUAAAAACAGCUAUCAGAUGGGGAUAGACAAUGAAGGAACAGCAAAGCCUAUGUCACACUGGCAGCACCUCAACACACAAGUUUAAAAGUGGAGCAAUGUGGAUUUAUCAUAAAUCCAUCAUUUCCUGAGGUUGGAGCAUCGCCUGAUGUAAUCAUUCACAGCACAUGUUGUGGGAAAGGCUGUCUGGAAAUAAAGUGCCUCACUGAAUGAAUAGUCACAGUUUUUCUGAUUUGCCCUGUAAUCGAAAUCGUAUGUAUAAUAUUACAGUUAUUUAUUUACCUCAGCGCUGCUUGCAGAAACAGUUCUACUCCACCAUCAUUGAAUCCAUCCUCUGCACUUCAGUAACUGUCUGGUUCAGCUCAGCUUCUA